UUUUGCCACCUCGCGACUCACUUGGAUCAGAAAUCACGUCUUGUCUUUUGACUGUCUCCGUGUUCCGGACUUCCUUUUCAGGGACGGCCGAUUGUCUGCUGGAAUGCACACCGGGCUCACCCUCUCGCUCAGUGGAACUAUGAUCUUGAAAAGAUUUUGUGUUUUUGUGUUACUCAAUGCGGCGUUGAAUGUCUCCUCUGCAGCCGGGGAGGUGACAAAAGCCACGGUGUACUGGGACGCCCAACAAAAGACCGUCCUGCUGAAGGACGGGGUCCUAGAUUUAAACGGGGACGCAUAUGGCUUCCUGAACGACACCUGGCCCAGCACAGGCUGGAGUGUCCUCGAGAUCCGAGCUGGAUAUGGAGAAACAUCAGAGACUGAUGAGAUCACCUUUUUCUUGGCGGGGUACCUCGAAGGUUUUCUCACCGCUCAACAGAUGAUGGAUCACUACACCAACAUCUACCCUCAGCUCAUCCAUGACCCCAGCAUCCUGGGCCGCGUUGAGAACUUCAUAAAGCAGCAGGACUCUUGGACCAGAGCACAAGUGAAAAUGAACCAGAGUUCUGACCCUCUAUGGAAACAUGCGGGCUUCAUUGUGGCCCAGAUGGACGGUCUGCAAGCUGGAGUUGCAGAAUGGGCCAAGAGACAAGGGAAAAAGCCAAUGUCCCAGUUUGCCAUUCAGUUCCUGAACGCGGUCGGAGACCUGCUGGAUCUGAUCCAGGCCUUGACCCCCACCUCGCCUCACUUUCAACUUCCAGGGAUGGGCCACUGCUCGGCACUCAUCAAGAUGCUCCCGGGCUUUGAGAACCUCCUCUUCGCCCACUCCAGCUGGUUCACGUACACGGCCACCAUGCGCAUCUACAAACAUUGGGAUUUCCACAUCGCUGAACCCCACGCGGCCACCGGGAAGCUCUCUUUCAGCAGCUACCCCGGUUUCCUAGUGUCCCUGGAUGACUUCUAUCUCUUGGGAAGCGGUCUCAUGAUGACCCAGACCACCAACAACGUUUUCAACUCGUCCCUCUUUGACCAAAUCAGCCCUAAAAGCCUGCUGGCCUGGCAGAGGGUUCGACUGGCUCACAGCUUGGCUCAUACAGGGGAGGAGUGGGCCAAAAUUUUCUCUCAGUACAACUCCGGUACAUACAACAACCAGUACAUGGUGUUGGACAGGAGCAAAGUGAAGCUGGGCUACGGUAUUUCCGAUGGCGCUUUAACUGUGGUGGAGCAGAUUCCCGGCCUGGUGGAAUACUCAGAUCAAACACAAGCACUACGACAAGGCUACUGGCCCUCUUACAACGUUCCGUUCCACCGAAACAUCUACAAGCUGAGUGGGUAUGACGUGAUGUGGCAGCAAUACGGAGAGGAUUUUUCCUAUGAUCUUUGCGCAAGAGCCAAAAUCUUCCGCCGUGACCAAGCCGAUGUCAAGGACCUGGAUUCUUUAAAGCACAUCAUGAGAUUCAAUGACUACAAGAACGACCCAUACUCCGAAGGCAACCCCUGCAAGUCCAUCUGUUGCCGAAAAGACCUGAAGACGGAGGAACCUUCACCGGGCGGUUGCUAUGACACUAAGGUGACCGAUUUCCAAAUGGCGGCGGAGUUCCGCGCGGAAGCGGUGAACGGGCCGACGACACAAGGUGGACUGCCGCCGUUCACGUGGGACGACUUCAGCGACUUCGGCCACCGGGGUCUGCCGCAGUACUACAAUUUCACUUUCGUCACGAUGAAGCCCCUCCUCUUCCGCCCUUAACUGAUCUCCCGGCAAGGAAACUUGCUGCUCUUAAAAGGCAUUUAAAAUGAACGUGCCCGACGUGAACCACAUGGUGACUCCUUAGACAAUCAAUAAUUAUGGCUAUGAAAAAAAAUUGUAUAAAAAGGAUACAAUUUAAUGCUAUGACUUUUAUUAUGAAAUAAAAUUUGAUGAUUUUUUUUUUUUUAAAGCCACAUUAACAAGGAAAGGUUGUGCAAUACUUGUUGGGGGUUGAAUGUUUUUUAUGGAGACACGAAGCUGCGUCUUGUGUCUUAUUAUAAAAUGUCUCCCAGCACAGACAGGGUAUGUUUUAAUUUCAGUCAUUUUAGUCUUGCUCUUACGCUUUAACUAAUCAAUCAAAGAUGUCUCAGGGUAAAGUGAGUCCGGAUCUUCGAUGCCUUCAACUUGGAAGUUUUGCAUCUAUAACUAGAUUUGAUAAAAUGCCAGAGCAGUGCAGUCAGACUGUGAGUGCCAAUCAUCAUUUUUGCCAUUCAAGUUGUGUUUUUUGUUUUCAUAAUGAAUGAAGCCGUGGGCUCCGUGCUCAACUCUCAGGGCUCUGCUGCAAUGACUGCAUCGAUUUCUCAGCCCGUUUCAGGGUUAGGAAAUUUACAUCCACACUUUCAGCUUGACGCGGUGCUGCACGUUGGUCGCAUUUGACGAAUAAAGUCUUGAAGUCGGA